AUGUCUCAGACAUUGGCCUCCAUCUUGGACCAUCAAAGCUCUCUUGUUCAAGAGGCCGCAGAAGCUCUUCCGCAUCAGUUCUCACAAUGCACGUAUGCUCUGGGAUACAUUCGUCAAGCAAUCUAUCUAUGUCUCACCUGUCGUCCUCCUCGCGGGAUCUGUUCUGCCUGCUCUAUUGCCUGCCACACAGACCACGAACAGCUAGAGCUCUUCCCAAAGCAAGAAGAGAACACGGAAAACGCAUAUGGACCGAACUUCAUUGGUGUAUUUUGCCGCUGUGGAAGGCAGUACGACGCUCGGAAGGAGCGCGAGACGAUGAUACAGUGUUUAGCCUGUGAAGAUUGGUUCCAUGAGUCAUGUCUGAAUCUACGCGAGCGGCCCAUAUCACCCGAGUCGACACCUGAGCCUUCUCCAAGAGAAGGCGAAAUUCCAUCCGGCGCUGACGACAAUGCGUCUGACACAUCCUCUUCUGGCUUACCGCCCCCUCUUAUUCGUGCCAUCGACUACGACUGUCUCAUUUGCAGCGCAUGUGUGCGCAAAAACCAAACCUUGUGCCGUUACGCGGGCACACCGGGGGCCCUCAUGGUCGUCCGAGAUGGGCCUCAGGCGCAAUGGAGAACCAUAGGAAAGGUCGAGGCGGAGAGUCUAGCAGUGAAUGUGCAGGGACUAGAGGCAGAGUCACAAUUUGCUACGGGAGAGAAACGUGCUCGCUCUCUAUCUCCCGCCGAUGAAGCCUUCGCCCCCAAGAGGGCGCGUGUCUCAUCCGAGCUAUCCACUCCGCUACCAUGCCUAGCACCGCCUUUAAAUUCCUUAGCUCGGCAUAUCUUAGGCAGUAGCUAUACUGAGCCAACAUCAUCUACGUCGAUGUUCACGGCGAACAUGGGCGAAGGUGACAUCUUUUUGACUGAAGGUUGGCGAAAGAGGUGGUGCAAGUGCCCGUCUUGCCUACCCUCUCUCGAAAAACAUCCGUAUCUUCUUGAAGAGGAAGAAACAUAUGAACCACCUGAAGAUCCUGACUCCGCCCUAUCUCUGGAAGAGCUCGGCCUGCGAGCCCUUCAACACCUGCCUCGAGAUCGUGCACUGGAUGGAAUUCGUGCUUUCAACGAGAUGCGAGACAACUUGAUGCAACAUCUACGGCCCUUCGCGCAAGAGGGAAAGGAAGUCACAGAAGCAGACAUACGAGCAUUCUUUGAUGCCCAGGCCUGA